UUUUUGCCAUAUAAUUUUCUUUCCGCCCAUUACCCUAGAGUGAUCUCCCUUUCCCCGCCAUAUGUCACAUAUUUUUGCGUUGAGAAUUCGCUGUCGGGUUUGUCACCAGUAUCGUGGAUAUAGUGAUGUCCUCUCCACCCAGACUGCCACCCCUUUCCCUUCCGGAGCUCCUCAGUCCCAUAGUGGAGGUUGAGCCUGCCCAGCACCAUGUGAGUCACCGGUACUGUGUGCCCAGCUACGCCCUACCUUCUCCUUCAGCUCUCAGCCAGGCUCUAAACAGCCCCGAGGGUAUCAACUGCUUCGGAAAUGAGCGCCUUUACCUCCAUGAGCAGGCCAAGCUGUGCAAUAACGAGAAACUGAGUGACGUGACGUUGGUGGUCGGAGGCAAGAAGUAUUACGCCCACAAGAUUAAACUGGUGACAUCCAGUGAUGUGUUUGAGACCAUGCUCACUGGGGAAUGGAAGGAUUCAAACAAAAAGGAGUUGGAGCUGGUGGAGGAGCCGAUGUGUGUCAACGUAUUCCCGAGGUUUCUGCAGUUCCUCUACAGCUGUAACAUCAAGCUUAACAUGGAGAACUCGCUGCCUGUGUUUGUCCUUGCUGACAAGUACAACGUGACGGACCUGCAGAACGUGUGUAUCAACUUUGCUUGCACUUACAUCAUCCCGAAGUUGCAGCUGAAAGAUGUGUUCCACGUGUGGUUCCAGUAUGCCACCAAGUGUGUUCACAGGGCACUCGUCAUGGCCUGCAUCAAAGCCAUGGCUGAGAAGAUGGAUGAAAUCAUUGGUUCGCUGGACUGGGAGCGCGAAUGGCUGGACCUGGACAAGUACCAACUGAUUGAGUUCCUAGAAAGCUCUGACCUCAAGGUCAGGGAUGAGUUUGACCUUUGGAAGGCGACCAGGAAGUGGCUAACCUCCCCUGCCCACACAGAACGCACUCAUCAGCUGGAGGACAACCUGCGGAGUAUUCUCCCCUACAUUCGCUUCCCCAUGAUGACGGCAGAGCAGCUUUACGAGGUGGAAAAUUCUAUGAUUAUGCAGGAGAAUUGUGGGCUGUUCCAGAAGUAUCUUAUGUCCUCAUACAAGUAUCACGCCCUACCUUUGUCGAUGCGAGCCUGUGUGAAGGAAUUCAGUGGACGUAGCUUCCUGCUUCGUAACUUUAGCGAUCUUAGAUGGGACUGCAGGUUCGUUGUUCACAAUUAUUCGACGUGCGUGAAAGGCGAAGAGAAGGGAAUACGAUUCUCCACUCGGGCCUCGUCCUACCCCUCCCAGACCUGGGAUUGGGAACUGAAAAUCUACCCAAAAGGAAUCUCCACAACUUCAGACGACUUUCGAGUGGUCUUGUAUUCGAAUCUCAUUCUUGACCAGCCUAGACCGAUGGAGUAUUUGUUGUCGCUGGUCUCCAGGGAUGAGGUGAUUCAUUCAGUGUGCGGAAAGAAGAACUUCUCCAAAACCAGAUACAUGAUCGACACGGAGUUAGACAAGAAAGUGUCACUAGCAGAAUUGUGUAUGCCAAACUCCCCUCUGCUGGUGGAUGAUUGCCUGAUACUUCAGAUAAUCCUGAAGCCGGCUGAGUAGCCAAUGAUUUCACCAUGAUGCUUAAAGUUUGCUUGCAACAAGAAAGCCUGCUGGUCUUUCUUUUCUUUUGUCUUGUGUAAACUUGCAAUGAAAAUGGAUAUACAGUUAAUUAUGGUUGAACACAGUGUGGUGUUGUAAAUAGUGUCAGCUAUUAUUGAAAGUUUAUCGUAUUGUGUGAUAUAUAUCAUAGUCAGUUAGUCAUAGCUAGUUUUGUGUUUGUUCCAUACCUAAACUUUCCCACUUGUUAAUGGUUCUCAUAACUUUGAUUUAUAGUAGGAAACAAAAGACAAUCACUCUUACUUCAUAGUAACAAGUACGUUUUCUCUUAUGUCACUGUUAAUCUUUUCAGAUUGGUUUUUGAUCUACACAAAGUUGUGCAUUGACACAACAGGUAUUUGUAUAUUCUACGGCUGUCUCAAUGGACAUUUGUUACUGAUACAUCAGUUGGUACAUAUCCACCAGGAGUAACAGUAUGUAUAAUAUUAUAUCCCCACAAUGCUUUAUAUUUUCAUGGGAUAUGUCUGUGUUUCAUUACAGUUGUUUGAUCUCUAAUUUUGCCUUCACGCAUUCCAAUAUCAUAUUUAUUGUAUGAUCAUGUUCCAUUCAUAGUGUCUAUAACCCUAACUUUUUCUGCCAGUGGCAUUAAACAUUUUCUUGUAUAUUAUUUUUGAGCAGAAACAUUUGUUUGAUGCAUGUAUAAGUCUUUCAUGUUGUAUUGUUAUUUGCAUCUUCUACCAUGUUAACAUGUCAUUAUAAGAUUAUAUUAUAGAUGGUCAUGAUAAGAGAAAAAAUACAAUGCUACAGUUAGCGUUUGGUCUGUGCUCUGUGAAAAGGGGGUUUAAUGAAUGUGUGUUAAGUGUCAUCCCAGAUUAGCCUGUGCAGUCUGCACAGGCUAAUCAGGGACAACACUUUCCACCUAAACUGGAUUUUUGCUCAGAAGAGACUUUUUGUAAACGAAAAAUACCAUAAAAGCGGAAAGUGCCGACCCUGAUCAGCUGUACGGACUGCACAGGCUAAUCUAGGAUGACACGUUAUGCACAUGCAUUAAACCUUCUUUUCACAGAGCACAGUCCAUUUAAAUUCAGCAUAGGUAAUCAUGCAUCAAAUUCUGGUUAUCAUGCUGAUUAGUACAUUCAACUUACAGGGUUUUGUAGUACAAUAUUUGGAAUGUUGUUUAUUAAAUUGUCACCAUGUGUGAUUAUUAUGUGGGUAUUUAUUGAUUUGUUAUUAGUGUACAGAUGUAAAUAAAAACAGAGCAAAUGA